CCUGUGGGCAGGGUGAGGCUGUAUAUGAGGUGGUGUAAUAGCUGCGAGAGAUGUGGGGCAGCUGGAGGGGUACCAGAGCCAUAGGCUCAGGCAGGGGAGCCCUGCACUGUGGGGGGCUCGCGCAGGCUUAGCACUGGCUCAAGCAGUAAAGGUCCAUCAGGCCUGCUCUGUGUGUUAGGCGAUGUGGUGCUGGAUGAUGAGGUGUGUGCGUGGCAAAUGGGACACUCCUGUGACGGGGAGGAACUGUCACAGGAUUCCUGGGAUGGUGGCAAAGCAUCAUGAGCAACAGCAGAGGUGAUGGGAGAAAUUCCCAAUGGGUGAAAAGCAGGGGUGGUGUACUGGUAGAGCAAAAAGUGUGUGAGUGAGAGACAGUGGAAAAUAGUAUGAAAAAUAAAUCAUGCACUUAGACACAGAAAUCCCCAUUAAAGGUUCACCCUUAAAUCGAGAUAACACUCUUAUAAUCACUUGAUUUAACAUGAUGCUCACAAUAUUGAAAGGUGCAUAGGCAUAGAGCAAUACUAGUUACCUCUUUUCUAACAGUCGAUAGUUAAGGCUGGGCUUUUCAUUAUUUAUACAUGAUAUUUACUUCCUUCCUUCCUUGAAGCUGCUUGACCUGAUUUUUGGAAAAAUCAAAACCCGUUGGGAAUUAUGCACAUGUAGUAUUUUCUAAGGAAACAGACCCUCCAAGCAAUUUCAAAUGAAGAUACAAAAAAGCGUAUAUAGGUAGUAGCUGCUUUCUAAAGUUGUGAUUUUGGAUAUGUUAUGAAGUUCUUCUGGAUGAAUGCAAUUCCUUGCUGUAAAGGCUAUCCAGAUCCCUUGAUGUCUAGUACAUGCAAGGUGUUAUAAUACAAUCCAUAUUCCAUAUGCUUUUGCUUUAAUAAGAACUGAAAUCAAAGUGUUUGCUUACCUACUCUUAUUCUUCAAUUUCAUGAUUUGCUCUUACUGUUGUCUUUUUCUACCAUCUGUCCUGUCACAUGUCACAGAGACCCUUAGCAUCUCACACAAAGGAAUGUCUGCAGUUGGUGUGGAAUUGAAGAAAAUUGGCACUGCCUGAUCUUCAGUCUUAAUUUGUAAGAGGGCCAUGCUGUAAAAUAUGUCAGAGAUGGGUAGAGAACUGUCGAAGGGCAGAUUUAGAAGAUAAAACUCCAGAUCAACUCAACAAGCAUUACAGAUUGUGUGCUAAACAUUUUGAGACAUCUAUGAUAUGCAGAAGUAGCCCAUACAGAACGGUUUUACGGGAUAAUGCUGUGCCAACUAUAUUUGAUCUUACAAGUCACUUGAACAAUCCCCACAGCAGACAUAGGAAAAGGAUAAAAGAGCUGAGUGAAGAUGAAAUAAGAACAUUGAAGCAGCAAAAGAUUGAUGAUGCUUUUGAACGGAAACAGGCAACUCAAGAAUCGAAUGAAAACAGUGAGCAAAAUGCUGUCUCAGAGGAAGGAGGGGAAGAACAAGAGGAAAAAGCUGUCCCCUUAACACUGGAAGAAAGAGAAAACAAAGAUUACCUUAAAUCAUUAUUUGAAAUUUUGAUCUUAAUGGGUAAACAAAAUAUUCCAUUGGAUGGCCAUAAUGUUGAUGAACUUCCAGAAGGUAUUUUUACUUCAGAUAACUUUCAGGCUCUACUGGAAUAUAGAAUAAAUGGUGGCGAUGAAGUUCUGAGGAAACGAUUUGAGAUGACUGCAGUCAACCUUGAAUAUUGUUCGAAAACUCAGCAGAAACAAAUGCUUGAGAUCUGUGAAAACUGUGUUAGAGAGGAGACACUGAGGGAAGUAAGAGACUCACACUUCUUUUCUAUUGUCACCGAUGAAGUAGUAGACAUAGCAGGAGAGGAACAUUUGCCAGUGUUGGUGAGGUUUAUUGAUGAUUCUCACAAUCUAAGAGAAGAAUUUAUAGGAUUUUUACCAUAUGAGGCUGAUCCUGAAAUUUUAGCUGUUAAGUUCCAUGCAACUAUUACUGAAAAGUGGGGUCUAAACAUGGAGUACUGUCGGGGUCAAGCCUACAUUGUCUCCAGUGGAUUUGCUUCUAAAAUGAAAGUUGUGGCUACGAGACUCUUGGAAAAGUAUCCACAAGCUGUGUAUACACUAUGUUCCUCGUGUGCCUUAAAUGUUUGGCUGGCAAAAUCUGUUCCUGUUGUUGGUGUUUCUAUUGCAUUAGGAACAAUUGAAGAAGUUUGCUGUCUUUUUAAUCAGUCUCCACAAUUACUAGUAGAACUGGACAACACAAUUUCUGCUCUUUUUCAGGACAAUGAUGAGAAGGGUAAUGAGUUGAAGAAGAUCUGCCGUUCUCAGUGGACAGGCAGGCAUGAUACUUUUGAGGUACUAGUGGACCUCCUGCAAGCACUGGUACUGUGCUUGGAUGCUGUGAGCAGUGACUUCUCUGUCAGGUGGAACAACUUCAUUGUUGGUCGAGCAUUUGUACUUUCAAGUGCACUAACAGACUUUGAUUUCAUUGUCACUAUUGUAAUUAUGAAAAAUGUUCUGUCUUUUACAAGAGCAUUUGGAAAAAAUCUCCAGGGACAAACAUCAGAUGUGUUCUUUGCAGCUGGCAGUUUAACAGCAGUAUUGCACUCUCUGAAUGAAGUGAUGGAGAAUAUUGAAGUUUACCAUGAAUUUUGGUUUGAGGAAGCCACAAAUUUAGCUACAAAACUGGAUGUACAAAUUAAACUGCCAGGAAAAUUUCAUAGGGCACAACAGGGGAACUUUGACCCUGAUAUGACAUCAGAAAAUUACUACAAAGAAAUCCUAAGUGUCCCAACAGUAGAGCAUAUUAUUCAAGAAUUAAAAGAUAUUUUCUCAGAACAACAUUUAAAAGCUCUUAAAUGUUUAUCAUUAGUGCCCUCAGUCAUGGCACAGCUCAAAUUCAAUACGUCUGAGGAGCAUCAUGCUGACAUGUUCAAAAAUGACUUGCCCAAUCCAGACACACUUUCUGCUGAGCUUCACUGUUGGAGAAUCAAGUGGAAGCACAGAGGAAAAGAUAUUGAACUUCCAGCUACUAUUUAUGAAGCUCUUCACUUGCCCGACAUAAAGUUUUUCCCUAAUGUUUAUGCAUUGCUUAAAGUCUUGUGCUUACUUCCAGUGAUGAAGGUGGAGAAUGAAAAAUACGGAAUAGGACGAAAGCGCUUGAAGGCAUACCUGAAAAACACCUUGACAGGGCAAAGGUCAAGCAACCUUGCUUUGUUGAACAUAAACCUUGACAUAAAACAUGACUUAGAUUUGAUGGUGGAUACUUAUAUUAAACUCUACCCAGAUAAAGUGGAAUUUCAAGACUGUAUUCCUUCAAACAAUUCUGAAGUAACAGAUGAUGCCUAACUUUUUAAGCGCUAACCAAUCUGUUGAAACAGCUUCUUCUUAAUUAAGUUUCAAAGCUGGGGAAAAAAAAACCUGAUUAAAUCUUAAAAAAUCACUGCAGUUGUGUUUUCAUUUUAGGCCUUGGGCUGAUCAAGCUGUGGUCAAAGACCUAAAUUACGUGUUGAUAGUCCAUACUACAUGUGUUUGGCAAACAAAAUCAAGCCUGACACAAGCCUAUGCUCUUGGCAGAGGUGCUUUCUACAUCUGAUUGACUUAACUAGGUGCUCGUUUACUUUAUUGCAUCAUGGGAAAAGUACAUUAUGAUUGUAGAUCUGAUGGGGCUGUUACAUAUUCACUGAUUAAUUAGGAUAAGAAAGAAACUCAAACUAUUAAAAGGAGUAUAAUCUAUUUCAGUUCUGUUACUUACGAUUUUUUUUAAAAAUCCAAACUUUUAAGAAAGUCUUUGAUGUAUAUUUAAGUGGCACUUUGGAGAGUGGAUUCAGCUAUUGCACGAUCCCCAUGCUGUGAACAGGUCUUGGUGUAAAGUGAAUGUCAGUGAUAGAGGGGUACAUUUUAACAUUUUGUUGGAAGAGUCAACCUCUUUCAUCUCUUGAUGACUGUUUACAUUCCUUUGUGUCAGACACAAAACUUUUUUCUUUAGGCUUAAAAGGCAUGGCAGGAGUAUUUAAAUUCUUAAAAGACACAAAAAACUUAAAAUUUAUUCCACAAAUGUUUAAAUCUGUUUGCUCUGUCCCAACUCUGACACAAACCCAUCCAUCUUAUAGUAUGUUUAUUUGUAAACUCACUCUGGAAAGACUAAAAUAAGAGUUUGUUGUUUGUCUAGAAGUAAGAUUGAAAAUAUUGCUGUUAUUUUUGGUGAGAAUGAAACUUUUUUGUACAGUUUAUGGAAAUUUAAAAUAAAAUGUGAAUUGUUUUUUACAUAGCA